AUGCCACAAUGUCGCCGAAUGACAAUCACGGCCAGUGGAUGGCCUGGGACAUCUGUCAACACAAAGAGGUGUAAUGGAAAACGAUGGGUGCGAAAAGGCAAGAACCUUGUACUUUUGAUCUGUUUGGGUGCGCGGGUAAAAGAGCAUGGAACCGGAACCGGGAAAUGGGAUAUGGAAUCGGGUUGGAGGGAAAGCAUACUCGAGACUUGGGGUCUUGGAACCUUAGGGUUCGUUUCCUCGCGGCGUGGCGCUGAGGCUUGCAUUGACUCGUCGUUUAGUAGGUGGUAUACGACUAUACGUGCCGAACAACUACUCUUUCGAGCAACGGCAUGCAGUAAUCGGAGCCGAAAAGAAUUUCAAUUCUUUCAUGGACGGCACGGCACUGAAUCGGAACGGCAUGUACGAAGGCGGACGGACGAAGAAGUUCGUCCUAACGCCGCGGUGUCGUGGUGGUGUUCGGCAGUUGCAUAUUCGGCGAGUUGGGCACGAUGUACACCAGAGAAUGCCGCCGGGCAGACUUCAGUGAGAGAGCUUCGUGAUGCUGAACGACCCCCUUCCAAGCAGGAAGCAAGAAGGAAGACGUACAGCGAAUGCGGCAUCUACUCCUCUAAUCCCUCGAACACAGCCCGAAGAAGUAUCAUCAUCAAACAACAACAAAAAGCAGUAUACGAAAAGAAAAGGGUCUGCCAUUGCCAUUGA